UUAAGAUUUUAAAAUAGUUUUGAUUAUUUUAAAAAAUAAUGAGUUUAAUAGAAUUAAAAGGAAUUUCUAGAUUCUUAAAAAUCUUGUCGAAGAAUUUUAUAGAUUAUAACAGAAUUCAAAGCUAGAUAAUUAUAAACUUUUGUAGAGUUUAUCUCUAAAGUAUUGAAUAAUAUAUAUCUGUUGCAUUUGUUAUUAUCCCUUCACAACGCAAAGCUCUAUAAAUUAUCUCCAAGUCAAAGACGACUUAUGAUCAAUAGCUUUGCUAGAACUUUCGCCUCUGCAGGUAUACUCAUUUCUUUAACUUUUGUGUUUUGUAUUUGGACGUGUAACAUGCAUGCAUCGUUCAUCGUUUGAUUGAGUUUUUUAUUUUUAUUUUGCAUUGCGCUUCUUUUCCUAUCUGUUUUGAUUUUGAAUUAUGUGAUAUAUUACUAUAACUAGCUGAUGGGAGAUUCACAAAAAAGUAAAGAAAAAGGUACAUAUAGUCAAUGGGGACCAGAGGAAACAAAACUCUUGGUUGAUCUCCUUGUCGAUGCUAUUCAUCGGAAUUGGCGUGAUGCUAGUGGUCUAAUAAACAAGUUUACAGUGGAGCAAAAAAUCUUACCUGUUCUCAAUAAAAAACUUGGAUGCCAAAAAGAACACAAGCACUAUCUAAGUAGAAUAAAAUUUUUACGAACCAUACACCAAAACUAUUUGGAUCUUCAACGAUGUAGCUCCGGAUUUGGAUGGGAUCCUGACACAAAAAGGUUUACUGCUCCAGAUGAAGUAUGGGAUGAGUAUUUAAAGAAACAUCCUACACAUACUCAUCUACGAUAUGAAUCUAUUGCAAAAUUUGAAGAUCUGCAACUCAUAUUUGGAAAUGGUGUAGCUACUGGUCGUUCUGCAGUUGGAAUGGGUGAUACUACAGAUGCUCGAACGUUUAGAGUUGAGGAGAAUACUCAAGUGAGAGAAAACAUAAAUCUUCAUCAAAGCAGUGAUGAAAUUUUUGAAUUGUCAUCUCAACAGCCAUCACCAGAAUGUGGUAUGCCAACAUUUCCAGAUAUCAGUUCAAAAAGCCGUGCAGAAAAGCUUCAUCCAAGGAAGAGAUCUAAAAGGGAAGCUACUAAUGAUGCAGAUAAGCUGAAAAAUGAUCAGGAUGAUUCUAUGAUCAAGGUUAGCAACAAGAUCCUUAGUGUCAUACAACAAAGAGAAGAAAGACAACAAAGAGAAGCUGAGAAAAGAGAGGAAAAGGUAAAGCGAGAAGAAGAAGAAAAGGAAGCUGAAAGAAAAAGAGACAACAUAUGGGAAGCCAUGAAGGAGAUUCCUAAUUUAGACAAUCAUACUCGCUACAGAGCUAUCACCUUGAUUCAUAAGCUUGAGAUGAAAAGUGUCUUCAAAGACAUGACAGUAGAAGAACGUUUUGGUUGGAUCCAGAGCAAUCUUGGCUCUCUUUGAUUAUUUUGAUGGUUUUUAAUGUUUAGGUUUUUUAUUUUGUUUUUGGAAGACUAUCUUUUUUCAUGAAUGGUUGGUUUAUUUAAGUUCUCUUUUUCAAAGAAAUAUUUUCUUUAAUAAAAUUUCAGUUGUUUUUCUGUAAUAAAAUGUCAAAUAUAUAAUGGUGUCAAAUUUUUUAUUUAAUAUAUUGUAUUGUUUUGUUGGCACAGUUUUCUUUGCAUCAUGGAGCAUUUUGGGGGAGAAGACCAACUUGUUCACGAAGAUGAUGAAUUAGAAAUUGACAUUAUGUUAUUUAUAUUGGAGAAGACAACUAGAGCCUGUGUUUUGAAGAAUAAACGCAUUGAACGUCCGAUGCGCCAGCCUAUCACAAAAAUUGGUUACAACUACAUCCAAAAUGCUCUCAAAGAAGAUCCGGAACACUUUCGACAAGUCUACCGUAUGUAUCCAUCAGUUUUUGUGAAGUUGUGUCAUCUUAUCAAAGAGAAAACACCUCUCAGAGAUACUCGACAGAUAUGUCUUGAAGAAAUGGUGGCUACAUUUUUGCUCACUAUUGGUCAGAAUUCAAGGUAUUCUUACACAAUGGACACAUUGAAUAGAUCAAAAUUUACUGCAAGUACAAACUUUCACAAGGUUUUGAAGGCUUUAAACUCUAUCGCACCAAGUUUGAUGGCUAAACCUGGACUCAUAAUACCUUCAACAAUAAGAGAAAGCACCCGCAACUAUCCUUACUUCAAGGACUGCAUUGGCGCUAUUGAUGGCACCCACAUUGAUGCAAUAGUGCCUGCUUCUGAUGCACCUAUUUAUCGUAAUCGGAAAGGAAGAAUAUCACAAAAUGUCUUGGCUGCUUGUAAUUUUGAUCUCGAAUUCAUAUAUAUUCUUAGUGGAUGGGAAGGCAGUGCUCACGAUUCAAAAGUACUAAGUGAUGCUCUAACACGGACUACUAGCAGAUUGACAGUUCCAGAAGGAAAAUUUUAUCUUGUUGAUUGUGGAUUUGCAAAUCGUCGCAAUUUUUUAGCUCCAUUCAGAGGUACAAGGUAUCACCUGCAGGACUUUAAAGGGCAAGGUCGUGAUCCUAGUAAUCAGAAUGAGUUGUUCAACCUACGACAUGCAUCUCUAAGGAAUGUAGUUGAACGAAUUUUUGGUAUUUUCAAAUCUCGUUUUCUGAUUUUUAAAUCAGCGCCACCAUUUCCUUUUGAAGUACAAGCAGAGCUUGUAUUAGCUUGUGCUGGACUACACAAUUUUCUUCGUACACAUUGCCGGUCCGAUGAAUUUCCUCCGGAAAAGCAAAAUGUGAACAGCGGAGAAAAUAGUUCGGUAAAUGAAAAUGCAGGAACUUUCUAUGAAGAUAAUGAAGAUGUAGGAACUCUCCAAUCUCAGCAAAGAGAAUAUGCUAAUAAUUGGAGAGACACAAUAGCGGCAAGUAUGUGGGCAGAUGCUAUCGAGACAGGAAGUCAACAUGAAGCAUAGGAUAUAUCUUCUUCUUUCAUAAACUACAGUUUCGUCUGUUCAUGUCUUUUUGAGCGUUGUUAGUUUUCACAGUGUUUUACAACAUUGAACUUCUUAAUCUCUUAGGUGACUUUUGAGAUGUUUCUGUCUCAUGCUUGUUAUUGCU